CCCGCAGGAGCGCAGCAAAAGGGCCAAAAAGCGCCGCCGGGAUGGGGGCGGUGAGCGCGGAGAUGGGGGCGGUGAGCGCUGAGAUGGGGGCGGUGAGCGCUGAGAUGGGGGCGGUGAGCGCUGAGAUGAUGGGGGUGGGGAGCACUGAGGUGGGGGCGAUGAGCACCAACAGCGGGACUGAGACCACCGGGACUGGAAUGGGGACAACAGGCACUGAGAUGGGGGCGAUGAGCACUGAGAUGGGGACGAUGAGCACUGGGGUUGGGAUGAUGAGCACCCAGAUGGGGGUGAUGAGCACCAGGGCUGGGAUGAUGGGCACUGAAAUGGAGUCAAUGACCACCCAGAUGGGGGUGAUGAGCACUGAGAUGGGGGCGAUGAGCACUGAGAUGGGGACAGUGACCACCCAGAUGGGGAUGACGACCACCCAGAUGGGGAUGAUGAGCACCGAGGCCGGGAUGAUGGGCACUGAGAUGGAGCCGAUGACCACUGGGGUUGGGAUGGAGGCCACCACGUUGGGGUCAAUGAGCACUGAGAUGGGGACGAUGACCACCAAGAUUGGGAUGAUGAGCACUGAGAUGGGGGUGAUGAGCACUGAGAUGGGGACGAUGACCACUGGGGUUGAGAUGGAGGCCACCACGUUGGAGUCAAUGAGCACUGAGAUGGGGAUGUUGAGCACCCAGAUGGGGACAGCGACCACCGGGACUGCAAUGGGGACAACGGGCACUGAGAUGGGGACGAUGACCACCCAGAUGGGGACGACGACCACCCAGAUGGGGGCGAUGAGCACCGAGGCCGGGAUGAUGGGCACUGAGAUGGAGCCGAUGACCACUGGAGUUGGGAUGGAGGCCACCACGUUGGAGUCAAUGAGCACCCAAAUGAAGUCAAUGACCACCAAGAUUGGGAUGAUGAGCACCCAGAUGGGGACAGCGACCACCGGGACUGGAAUGGGGACAACGGGCACUGAGAGUGAGACGAUGAGCACUGAUAUGGGGACGAUGACCACUGGGGUUGGGAUGAUGGCCACCAAGUUGGAGUCAAUGAGCAAUGAGAUGGGGACAGCGACCACCUGGACUGGAAUGGGGACAACGGGCACUGAGAGAGAGACGAUGAGCACUGAGAUGGGGACGAUGAGCACUGAGAUGGGGACAAUGACCACCCAGAUGGGGACGAUGAUCACCCAGAUGGGGGCGAUGAGCACCGAGGCCGGGAUGAUGGGCACUGAGAUGGAGCCAACGACCACUGGGGUUGGGAUGGAGGCCACCACGUUGGAGUCAAUGAGCACUGAGAUGGGGACGACGACCACCAAGAUUGGGAUGAUGACCACCCAGAUGGGGGCGAUGACCACCCAGAUUGGAACAACGACCACCCAGAUGGGGGCGAUGAGCACCCGGAUGGGGACAGCGACCACCGGGACUGGAAUGGGGACAAUGGACACUGAGAGUGAGAUGAUGAGCACUGAGAUGGGGGCGAUGACCACCCAGAUGGGGGCGAUGAGCACCAACAGUGGGACUGAGACCACCAGGACUGGAAUGGGGACAACGGGCACUGAGAUGGGGACGAUGACCACCCAGAUGGGGGCGAUGAGCACCGGGAUGGAGACAACGACAGCCGAAUGGGCGGCGAGUGGGACGGGCAGUGUGCAGGUGGACAAAUACCUGUACCACAUGCGGCUCUCCGAGGACACACUGCAGGAGGUGUCCGAGCGCUUCCGCAAGGAGAUGGAGAAGGGGCUGGGAGCCGACACCAACCCCACCGCCUCCGUCAAGAUGCUGCCCUCCUUCGUCAGGUCCACCCCGGACGGGACAGAGGACGGAGACUUCUUGGCACUGGACCUGGGCGGCACCAACUUUCGUGUGCUGAGGGUGAAGGUGUCCGACAACGGCCUGCAGAAGGUGGAGAUGGAGAGCCAGAUCUACGAGAUCCACGAGGACCUCAUGCGAGGCAGUGGGAUGCAGCUCUUUGACCACAUCGCCGAGUGCCUGGGCAACUUCAUGGAGAAGCUGAAAAUCAAGGACAAGAAGCUGCCCCUUGGCUUCACCUUCUCCUUCCCGUGUCACCAGACCAAGCUGGAUGAGAGCAUCCUCGUCAACUGGACAAAGGGAUUCAAGUGCAGCAGCGUGGAGGGGAAGGACGUGGUGUCCCUGCUGCGCAGGGCCAUCAAAAAGCGCGGGGACUUCGACAUCGACAUCGUGGCGGUGGUAAACGACACCGUUGGCACCAUGAUGUCCUGUGGCUAUGAUGACCAGAACUGUGAAGUCGGACUCAUCGUGGGGACGGGCACCAACGCCUGCUACAUGGAGGAGAUGAGGCACAUCGACCUGGUGGAGGGGGACGAGGGCCGGAUGUGCAUCAACAUGGAGUGGGGCGCCUUCGGGGACGACGGCGCGCUCAACGACAUCAGGACCGAGUUCGACCAUGAGAUAGACAUGGGCUCGCUCAACCCCGGCAAGCAGCUGUUCGAGAAGAUGAUCAGCGGGAUGUACAUGGGCGAGCUGGUGCGCCUCAUCCUGGUGAAGAUGGCCAAGGAGGGGCUCCUCUUCCAAGGGAAGCUCUCUUCGGAUCUGCGCACCACCGGACACUUCGAGACCAGAUUUGUCUCCGCUAUUGAGAAGGAGAAAGAGGGGCUGCAGAAAGCCCACGAGAUCCUCACCAAGCUGGGCCUGGAGCCAUCCCACGAGGACUGCCUGGCCACCCACCGCAUCUGCCAGAUCGUCUCCACCCGCUCGGCCAACCUCUGUGGGGCCACGCUGGCCGCCGUGCUGCGCCGCAUCAAGGAGAACAAGGGGGUGGACCGGCUGCGCUCCACCGUCGGCGUGGAUGGCUCCGUCUACAAGAAGCACCCGCACUUUGCCCGACGCCUCCAUAAGACAGUGAGGAAGCUGCUGCCCGACUGCGAGAUCCGAUUCGUGAGGUCGGAAGAUGGCAGUGGCAAAGGGGCGGCCAUGGUGACGGCGGUGGCCUACCGGCUGGCGGCCCAGCACAAGGCCCGGCAGAAGAUCCUGGAGGCGCUGAAGCUGAGCCACGAGCAGCUCCUGGAGGUGAAGCGGAGGAUGAGGGUUGAAAUGGAGAAGGGGUUGGGCAAGGAGACGCACGCGGAGGCCACGGUGAAGAUGCUGCCCACAUACGUGUGCUCAACUCCAGACGGGACAGAAAAAGGAGAUUUCCUCGCUCUGGACCUGGGGGGGACGAACUUCCGUGUGCUGCUGGUGCGGGUGCGGAACGGGAUGCGGCGCGGCGUGGAGAUGCACAACAAGAUCUACUCCAUCCCCCUGGAGGUGAUGCAGGGGACAGGCGAGGAGCUCUUCGACCACAUCGUCCACUGCAUCUCCGACUUCCUGGAAUACAUGGGGAUGAAGGGAGUGUCGCUCCCGCUGGGCUUCACCUUCUCCUUCCCAUGCAAGCAGACCAACCUGGAUGAGGGGAUUCUCCUCAAGUGGACGAAGGGUUUCAAAGCCACGGGCUGCGAAGGGGAGGACGUGGUGAGCCUGCUGAAGGAGGCAAUCCACCGCAGAGAGGAGUUUGACCUGGACGUGGUGGCAGUGGUGAACGACACGGUGGGCACCAUGAUGACCUGUGGCUACGAAGACCCCUACUGUGAAGUCGGGCUGAUAGUUGGCACAGGCAGCAACGCCUGCUACAUGGAGGAGAUGCGGAACGUGGAGCUGGUGGAGGGCGACGAGGGCCGCAUGUGUGUCAACAUGGAGUGGGGUGCGUUUGGGGACAACGGCUGCUUGGAUGACAUCCAGACCGAGUUCGAUUUGGCCGUAGAUGAGCUGUCCCUUAACCCUGGGAAGCAGAGAUUUGAGAAGAUGAUCAGCGGGAUGUACCUGGGGGAGAUCGUCCGCAACAUCCUGAUGGACUUCACCAAGCGAGGGCUGCUCUUCCGUGGCCGCAUCUCCGAGCGCCUGAAGACCAGAGGGAUCUUCGAGACAAAGUUCCUGUCCCAGAUAGAAAGCGACUGCCUGGCCCUGCUGCAGGUGCGCUCCAUCCUCCAGCACCUGGGCUUGGAGAGCACGUGUGAUGACAGCAUCAUCGUCAAGGAGGUGUGCACCGUGGUGGCCCGGCGUGCCGCGCAGCUCUGCGGGGCCGGAAUGGCCGCCGUGGUGGAUAAGAUCCGCGAGAACCGUGGGCUGGAGUUCCUCAAGGUGACGGUCGGCGUGGAUGGGACGCUCUACAAACUGCACCCACACUUCUCGGCCAUCAUGCAGGACACGGUGAGGCAGCUGUCCCCGUGCUGCGAGGUGACGUUCCUGCAGUCGGAGGACGGCAGCGGUAAAGGCGCGGCGCUCAUCACGGCCGUGGCGUGCCGGAUCCGCGAGGCUGGGCAGCGGUAGGAGCAGCACGGAGCUCAGCUCUGCGCCCGACGGACGAUUCCUUCCCCGCUCCCUCCCUCUGUACACACACACACACACACGGGGCCCUCCCCCCUUCGCUCUCCUCGUGGGACACAAAGGCUGCGUCCCACCCAACCCUGAACCACUCACGCGUCCCCCGACGGCAGAAAGGAUCCGCGUUGGAGCAGAGCCCUCUGAUGCCACAUCCUGCCUCAUAGGGCUGUCCUUUCUCCGGACACCUCCGCUUGUUUUCCCCCACCCAUCAGGGCUGCAUCACGUGCACAGGUGGGGAAGGGUGGGGAUGGGGGUCCCAUUGCAUCUCCCACCCCAGCAGUGCCCGGCGUUGCGUUCCUGCAUCACCUCGCCAUGUCCUUUAGCGGUGGCACCGAAUCUUCCUUUCUCUUUGUCGUUUCCUUCCUUAAUUUAACGUUUCCUUGGGGUCAGACUGGAGAACCCGACGUUGUGGGGCGGGGUGGGGGCACUUUGGUUGUCCCCAAAGGGAUAUAUUGUGGGGGGGGGGGGGGGGGGAGGGAUGCACCGCAGCCCCCUGAGCGCGGUGUGGGGCAGAGCUGCGCUCACGGAGGACGGAGCUCUCAGGGGACUCCUUUGCGUCGGUGCUGCGCUCUCGGGGUCGAAAUGAAGAAGGGAAGCUGAAGUCGCAGCUGUCGAUAUGAAGGGAAGGACGGACGGAGCAGGGGGGGCGCUCAGAGCUCAGCCCGGCCCCCCCCCCGGCACGAUUCGGAUCCAAGCCAAAGACGGUGGGGCUGCGAGCAGCGGAGCUGCGCCUGCUGUUCUCCUCUCGUGUUUACACUAUUUAUUUUUAGCCGUGAUAGAUAAGAGAGAUAGAGAGGCUUCCUUAUUUUUGUACUUUUCGUACCGGUUUCCCUGGCAGUGUGGUGGUGGUGUUGUACUCCUCGGCUCCCCCGCGCCCCAAUAAAAACGUGGAACCGACUGA